CAACGAGAGAAGAGGUCUCUCUGGAAUCAUCUCGAAGGUGCGGGUGUUCUUUGGAAGGGAGUAGAAAGCCUAUCGUCUAAGCGAUGACAACCAUGAAAACCCCAGGACCAAGCAAGAGGUGGUGGUUCGCUCUCCGUGCCGGGUUGCCACAUUUGGUGGAGAAUGCGGGCAACUUGACCGUGCUACGGACAAUCAUUGGGAGUGAUCGACGACGCAGCCAGAAACGAGGACACGAGAGACGAGGCCGCCAGAGACGAGGCCGCGUGAGUCGAGGCCGCAAGAGACGAGGCCGCGUGAGUCGAGGCCGCCAGAGACGAGGCCGCGUGAGUCGAGGCCGCCAGAGACGAGGCCGCGUGAGUCGAGGCCGCCAGAGACGACGCCGCAAAACGAGCCACGCUGGCAGCAGAAGCCGCCACGCUACCCGCAGGACCGUCGCUCCUCCGAGAGGCCUCCCGAGGCUUCAUCAAAGGGUGGAGGAGUGAGGCGACCCGGCCCUUGCCAAUCAACUUGAUGCAGAGCACCUGAGGGCCAGAGGGAGAGCAGACCUUAAAUAGCCUGCUAAAAUGUGCAUUCAGGGCUCUCUUGGCUUGGGUGUGAGAAAAACCUGUGUUUCUAUGUUCUUUUAAGCAAGAGAUCCUUGUUUUGUAUUAAAAGUGCCUUUGGCUUAAGAAAUUAAGAGAAUCGUGUGCUGUUUGAGGUGGCGGUUCGCUCACCGUGCCGGGUUGCCACAAUACAUCCCACCACUUCGAUGCUUUAAAUGUCACAAAUUUGGGCAUUAAGCAGCAAUAUGUAGAGGGAAAGCAAGAUGUGGCAAAUGUGAAGGGGAGGAUCAUGAAUACGAUAAAUGUAAGGAAGGUGCCCGGGUUAACUGUGGUGAUUUUGGAGGUGAGCAUAGGGCUACCUAUAAAGGGUGUUAGGCUCAUGAACCCGCAGCAGAGGUUCAAAGAAUUAAAGUGGAGGAAAAGGUUACAUAUGCGGAAGCAAUUAAACAAGUUAAUGCCUGAAAAGAUAUGGUGAAACAACAAGGAGUUGGCCCUGGAAUACCUGUACAGAAAAAAAAAAGUUAAUGUAUUCGACAUUUUUUGUAUGUGUACACAAUAUUUAGUUUUUCAGGAAGACUAAAUAUGCUGAUCAGACAUAAAAC